AUGGAUUGCGAACAGCCUCGAGGUGAUUGCAUGCCUUUCCCGCGCGGAGCAGGUACAGCCGAUAAUCGUUAUCAUGGCGCUUCUGAUUGGCCCGCAGCUCCGACAGGGCCUGACCGCGCUGCGGAGGAACAAUUCGGCCGACCAACCGAAGGCUUGGUUGACAGAUCUGAUAGACCUUGCACAGAUGCACUUGUUCUAGAAAAACUAUUUGUGUUGCUGACACUGGGGAAAGUGACGCCAGGGAUAACUGCACUUGAAUAUGCCCAUCGUCGCUCCAGACUCGCAAAUCGACUCCCGCGGAAUGCGAUUGCCGUGCUGGCCGCGGCGGAGGUCAAGUACCGCGCUCCAGGGAUCUUUUAUGAAUAUCAUCAAGACCCGAACUUUUUCUAUUUGACAGGUUUCACUGAACCUAGUGCCCUGGCAAUCAUUGCAAACGACGGAUCUGGCGACAAUCAUAUCUUCCAUCUCUAUGUGCGGGAAAAGGACCCAAAGGCCGAACUUUGGGAGGGCGCUCGAUCUGGCACACAAGCAGCCAUGGAUGUUUUCAAUGCGGAUGAAACAGCCGACAUUGAACGGAUCAAAGACAUUCUGCCCCCCAUUCUCUCCGAGGCGACUGAGAUCUAUACGGAUAUCACGACGUUCGAUCCCUCAAGAUCGGUCCUAGCUCGGUAUUUAUAUGGCACUUCUGGCGAAUCUGAGAUACAAAAGAUUGUCAACCCGCGCAAAAUCAAGCCGCUACGUCCGAUACUUAACGAACUGAGGGUCUUUAAAAGCGAGAGUGAGGUAGUAAACCUGCGGCGAGUCGGCCAGGCUACAGGGCGAGCUUUUACCGAAUGCAUGAAGAAAAACUUUACCCUGGAGAAAGACCUCUCUGCAUUCCUUCAAUACCAGUUCAAGGUCCAGGGUUGUGAUACGAGCGCCUUCGUUCCUGUUGUUGCCGGUGGACGUAACGCGCUGAGCAUUCACUACACCAGAAAUGAUGACGUUCUGAGACCAAAGGAAUAUGGCGGGUAUAUCUCAGAUGUUACGAGAACCUGGCCGGUUAAUGGCAAGUUCUCCGAUGCGCAACGGGACCUCUACAAUGCCGUGUUGAAUGUGCAUCGUAGCUGUGUAUCCCUUUGCCGCGAAAGUGCUGGGUUGUCCCUUGAUAGAAUUCAUGGAAUUGCCGAGCAGGGCCUGAAGGACCAGCUGAAGCAGCUCAACUUUGACGUCUCAGGAGAUGCCAUAAGAGUUCUGUUCCCACACCACGUUGGUCAUUACAUAGGCUUGGAUGUCCACGACGCAGCCGGUUUUCCUAGAAACGUAAACCUCAGGGCCGGCCAGUGCAUUACGAUCGAGCCCGGUAUCUAUGUUCCCGACGAUGAUCGAUGGCCUGCGAGGUUCCGUGGAAUGGGGAUACGAAUUGAGGACAGCGUCUGCGUGGGAGAAGAUAACCCCAUUGUACUUUCGCCCGAAGCUGUGAAAGAGACAGCAGCGCGCGCGCACAACUGCUCAGCCAGAGCGUGGACCCAAAUGCGCGUGAUUUGUAUGAUAAAGACACCAGAAUUUUGCCAGGCGAUCAGAAGCAAAGGCUGUCAGACGCGCUUAAUGGAGGCUAAGAAUGUGCAGCGCGCUGAAAUGCAUCGAUUUGGGCCAGGUCUGGCUGACAGGGCGCGCGGUGCUGUAUUUGUACCUCCUUCCUCCCAGACAGCCUAUGCCAUGUCGACCCGACGGCCUCCUCUCGCCAGCGUUCCCAAUGCUACCAACUCCCCUCACCGCGGCAGUAACACUGCCUCCAAGCGUCCAAGAACCGGGUCCCAGCUGGAUCUUGCAUACGGACAACCUCCUCCGAAGAAGCAGUUGGUAGACCGGGACGAGGUAGUGACGCGUUCUCCUACGAAGAGCAGGACCACCAUCCCCUCUCAGUCUGCCGAAGCCAAAGUUUUUUCACGACGGAGCAACAAUGGCCAACCUACCGCUUUCGAGAAGAAGCUGGUCGCAGCAAGAGACAAGGAAAGGCAAACUCAGUCAAAGGGGUCAAGAUAUGAGAAGGCGUCUGCCGAGACCUUGGACACUAUCCGGCAAUGGCAAAAGCAUUACCGCAAAGCAUUUCCGAGCUUUGUCUUCUACUUCGACAGUAUACCGGCAGAUGUUCGAAGCAGGUGCACCAGAGAGAUUCUUGCAUUGGGUGCUCGUGAAGAAAGGUUUUUUUCUCGUCUAGUCACUCAUGUUGUUACCUCCCGUCCUAUUCCAGGGGUCGAUAUCCCCGAUCCUACGGAGACGACGACGCCAUCAGGCAUGGAACAGUCUUCGGUUGAUGGCCCGGUCCAGACAGUGAAUCCGUCUCUCUUAGAGAAGAGUACGGAUACGAGCUCGCACUUGUUGAGGAAUCCCUACGACAGACAACCAGAUAUCGACGCUCGACGAGAUCAAGGUUCCAAUAUGGAUGUCUUGUAUAGGGCUCGUCAGAUGGGAAUGAAAAUAUGGGCUGUAGAAAAGCUGCAGCGGAUGUUAGCAGCAAUUCAUGAUUCCGACACCACUUCCCUUUAUGCAUCUGGUCGAGUUAGCAAUGGCGGCGUCGGUAGCAAGGGUCGCGGCGAUGCAGAUCUUUCUCAAGUUCUGCGGAAUGAGCUGUUACAUGGGCCUUCAGACCGUGAUCCAUCCAUGUGGAUGAAGGAAAUGGUUAUGUUCAAGGGUCCGUUCAUCUAUGUUCAUGACAUGGAUGAGAAGACUAGGCCGGUCAUGGUCAGAGAAUAUCCCAAAGUUGCACGAAGACAGGAUGGGGCUUGGCCGCAGUUCCGCAGUGCUCCUCUGGGCAAAUGUCCUUUUAUUGACGAACCGCCUUCCAAGAAGGAGCUGGCGCGGAUAAAGGAAAAAGAGAAGGAGAAGGAGAGGGAGAGGGAGAGGGAGAGGGAGAAGGAGAAGGAGAAAAAGGCAGCUGCGGAAACCAUGAUUACUGUGCAGAACGCAGUGAAGAAGCCCGACCCGGUUGAGCCUUCUGUUGAAACCAACUCCCUUCAACAUGAGAACGAGGGACAAGUCGAGCCUCCAAAAGUCGAAGAGAAUGUACCUGCCCCGACGACGCAGGUAGAGCUGCAGAAGGUGUUCCCUGUCAGACCCGUCUCCCCUCGAAAGAGCUCGGAAAGCUUCAUCGCUCCUAACCUCAUCCGCACUGGACCGUUCCACCUGGGGCGGGAACCUGCUGCGUCUGGGGUGCAACCGUCCAAUAUCACGUCUGCGAUUCGAUCACAGAUGAUAUCAUCCACGGCCGCUGCACCUGGCGCAAAGGCAGGUGUGAGUAAGGAGGUUCAUGAACUGAAAAGGAAGGUCUUGGAAAAGAGCAAUGGAGCCGUUUCAACGAGCGCCAACCCGUCCUCACACCGUGCAGCGGAUGUCAACCAAACUACGAAACCAGCAGCCAGUGCAUCUACCCGGUCCAGUAAGCAGAGACCAGCCGAAAAACUUGGUCAUAUACACGAAGAGGACACGACACAGUCAGAGGACAACGGAAGCCAUAAGCAGCAAGCAGCGAGUCGGAAAAGCAGCAGCCAGAAGAAGAGUAAGGAGAAGAAGCGCGAUCCGAAACCGGGCUAUUGUGAGAAUUGCAGGGAGAAGUUUGAUGACUUUGACGAGCAUAUUGUGUCGAGGAAGCACCGUAAAUUCGCGACCACAGCGUCUAAUUGGGCUGAACUGGAUGCGCUGCUUGAGAAGCUUCGACGACCCUUGAAACCGGAAUACCAAAAUAUAUAG